CACUGCUCUGUUCGCCCUCAACUCUUCUGUUGCCAUGGAAAUGGCGAGCUCAGGUGAUCCUAAUAUCGGAGAGCUGCUAGUGAGUCAAUGAAAGCCUCGACAAACCGGUUCGGCUGGCAGACACAAAAGAUAGACAUCCGAAGAACUCGAGAGGGGGUGGGACGGACAAAUACCUGUUGUGCCCUAGGUAAAGCCUAUAUCUAGGAAAACUCGUUCACGAUCCCUCCACACAAGUAAAAAGAAAGUUAAAGGAACACAACAAUUAUUUCCAAAGCACAUAAACAGAAGAGGGACUUGUCGACCUACAGGCCAAUGCUUCACUUCAUCGUGCGUAUAUUACAAUCAACUCUCCUUUUACGGCCGUGUGCGAUUUAUAGCCCUCGAGAUUUGCCAGCCGAUAAACUCGGUAGACUACACGGACAUAAACAGAGGAGCGGGGAUUUACAGUAGCGGUCCAGAGGAGGGAUAAACAGCAGUCGAAACUUUAUCCAUGGCGCAGAUCAGGCCAGUCACCCAGGGCGCAUUCCACUGGCAGAGAAGCGAGAGUGGAGUUCACAACACGACACACUGAGAGUGCUCCUCUCUACCGUGCUGAGUCUAGUAAUACCCGAGGAGCAGGUUAUUAUUACCUGUGGAUUUAACUUUUUGCUUUUGACGAUGAGAAGCCUGCAGGAGCUGGAGUUACAGAAGCAUGCUGUGAUUUGACUCGUUUUGGAAAAUGGACAGCGAAACGCGCACAGAAAAGUUUGCGGCCGAUUUUUCCCGAGGAUUGUGACAGACAUAAAGUGGUGUUCGCCAUGGCCGGUUGUGUCCGAUGGUGCCAUCGGACGUGUAUGUGCUGCCUGUCAGAGGAGGAGAAGAACACCAUCGUGUUGGACAAAGAAAUCCAGAAGAUUCUCCGGGAACAGAAAAAGAGAGAACGAAGGGAAAUCAAAGUUCUCCUGUUAGGCACGGGGGAGAGUGGCAAGACCACCUUCAUCCGCCAGAUGAGGAUCAUCCACGGCCGGGGCUUCACGGAUGACGAGAGGAAGGCCUUCGCUCAAUGCAUCUUCCAGAACAUCUUUACCGCCAUUCAGGCCCUGACCACUGCCAUGGAGGCCCUGAAGAUCCCUUACUCCAACACAGAGAACGAGAUGUAUGCUAAGUGGAUCCAUGAGGAGGACACUGCGAAGGUGACUCGUCUGGACCGCGGCUACGUGGACGCCAUCCGCCGGCUCUGGGCCGACGGAGGCAUCCGCAUCUGCUACGGUCGCCGCGGAGAGUACCAGCUCCUGGACUCCACCGAGUAGUGAGUCGCUAGCCGGGGUCCCCCCGCUCAGGGUCCCCUUAGGGCCUGGCUGCCGGGGCCCAGCCUGUAGCCCAGCCUGUAGUCCAGUCUAGUAUAGCUAUAGUCCAGCCAAU